GCAAUUCGUAUUUCGCGCGCCCUUCCCCUCCGAGCGCGAGGGGCCAAUCAGCGCGCGAUCUGCCCGCGCCUUGCACGGCCCCACGUUCAGUAAUGGCUGACAGCGUUAACGCCAAGUUACGGCAAGUGUGAAAAUUUUAUAUAACGGUCAAUCUAUGGAAAGGAUUUACUCUAUAACCACGCAGAAGCAAGUAUUAAGAUGAGUGAUGAAAGUGGCCAAAGGAUCUAUCAAGUGAGAGGAAAUGGAAUGGAAAGCAAGCAGACAGGAGUGGGCAGCCUGGGACAGAAAAAUACCCAGACAGAGCUGGUGCAAGUUCCCCCUGUGGUUGUCCACACGCAAGCUGGAGUUGCCUUAAUGCAAACAGGGAUUUUACAUAAUCAGCCACUUGUACAUACCAACAUUAAUGCACAUUCCCAAGUCCAAACACACUCGCAGAUCAGUGCCCACACUCAGACACUGCAGAGUCUAGGACAUACUCCAACUCAUGUCCAUGUUCAACCUCAUACAACAAUACAGCAGCAGACCCACUUGCAGCAGGACAAUCAGAUCCAACAGCAAGCGAUUAUACAACAGCAGACACCAGCACAACAGAAACUUGUACAGCCACAAACCCAUACCUCAUCACAAACACUUUCCCAGCCUCUUACAGAAGUGUCCCCCCUAACAAGGGCUCUCCUGGUGUACACACAACCACAGUUACAAGCAGAAUCUCAAAUCCAGACGCAGGAAAUCCACACCCAGCCGCAGGUACACACCCACACCCAAAUCCACACACACAGCCCAGUGCAGAUUCAACCUCAGAUCCACUCCCAAGCUCAGCUUCACAUCCAGGCUCAGGUGCAUACAAACUCCCAAGUACAAGUCCAGUCUCUUACGCAUGCACAGCAACAGCAUGUGGAAGUGCAGCCUCAGCUCUCCCACUCUCAGUGUUCACUACAGCCACAGCUGCCUACUGCUGCCCAGACACCAAUAAUGCACACUAUUGCUGAUUUAGCAGAAGUACAGUUGCAGAGUUCAAAUCAGCAAGCAACAAAGGGCAGUGAUGGUCUGAUUGCAGUGCGUGUACCAGUAUCACGGCAGCAUGAUUCAUCUGCUUUCAACACACGUAACUUACAAGCCACAAGUCUUGAACUUGGCCAGGUUCAAACUGCAAAUUCGCAAGCUCAGCUCAAUCAAACUCUCACAUCCAUCUCCCAGGAGCUUAGUACCUCACUCAACCAGAGCCAGAUAGUGGAUGCCUUAGGAACAGAGAGGGUGUUCGUAGCAUCGAAAAAUAACAAUGUUCAGUCAUCAGUCACUCUCGGAUCUUCUGUUACUUCUGUUGGAAUUGAUGGCAUACCUGUGAUGCGACUGCAAGGAAAUUUCAACAUCCAGCUUGAUGAUGCUUCCCUCCCUAUGAUGAAUUCACCAAAGACCUCAUCUAAUACUGAAGUACCUCUUGUGCAGCAGCUAGUAAAUUCAGAUAUUACAACAACUCAGUUAGAUAGUACUCAACUUACAACUGCACCAGUCAGUAGUUUGCAUGUAAUUCCACAGGGAGGUAUAGCACCCUCAGAAAUCAAGAAGAAUAAUGCACACUUUAAUUCUUUGAUUUCUAAUAACAGAUUGUUGAAUAAAAUGCUUGAUACUGUCAAACCUCACAUUCCGUCCCAAGUAUCAAAACCGGCAGAAAUUGCUCACCUUUUGCCGAAUCCAACAAUUAGAACCACUAGUGGACAACGCAUAGAAGAGCUUGAAGACAGUUCGGUAAUGGCUUUUGCAGCAUCCAGUCGUGGCACUAGUCCACUGACUACUUCAGCAAACAACCCAGGUGCCAGCAUAUGCACAGUGACAGGGGCUCUGCAUGGUUCCAGUGGGUAUGGUGAUUCGGUAGAUAAAACUGCUACAACUUUGCAACUAGAUAGUAUUGUAGGACUUUCAACAAACUUCCAGGUUAAUGAUAAUACUUUAAUACUUCCUUCUUCUAUGGCUCAGGGACAAACAUCUCAGCAAAGACAAUUUGAUAAUUUACAGCAGAUUCUUGGCACUCAGGUUACAAAACAAAUUGUUGACCCACAGUUAGAUGAUUUAAAAGGUGAUCAACUUAGAAUUUGGUCCACUGCUGUACCAACAACACAGUUGAGCCAAGUAACAACAAGUAAUGCAUCAAAUAAUAUCACUUCUGUGGGACAUUCAGCAUUAGAAAAAAAUAUGAAGAGAACCAACCUACAAUCAGUGAAUCAAGGUAAUGCAAACCUGAGAUCUUAUAAUGUUAUGUGUGUACCAGAAGGGUUGAAUAAAACAGGAAUGCUCCUUGACAUGCCUGUUAGACCACAGGGAAGUGUUUGUACAAAAUCAGGCUUGAUAACUUCCUUAGAUCCAAUGUUCCCCACAGUUGUUGUUACUUCAGGCAGUUCCUCCCCAACAUCACUUGGAACUUAUGGGACCUCUAAACCAUCAGGCACUUCCCAGGAAGGUACAACUCGUGUAAGAUUAGCAGAUCUUCUAAAUAGAGGAUCAAGCACUGAUACCUUGCUGGGGGGUGGUACAAGUCUGUCCCUAAUGGGGUUAUCAGAGAGCCGACUUCCACACACUGGUGAUGUGCUCCUGUCAGAGUUGCACCGUAGUGAUGAGAGUGAUCUGAGCCUAAGUGCCUCUUUGACUGGCUCUGCAGGUGAUGAGCUUCAUAGCAAUGCAAAUGCUCUGGUAACAGAGGCUUCUCUUGGACCUGGGAUUGGAGGAGACACUGCACCACUCCAGGGAUUGCCGUCCCCUCCACUUCCAAGUUUUAGUUUACCAAAUAUAACAUCUGAUUUCAUUGUAAGCGGAGUAUCAAAUAAUAAAGCCUGUCCAUCAAAUCAAGGUCCACUCCCAGCUUUGCUCUCGAAUUUGGCUACAACAGCUGACCUUGAUCAGUUUUUAGAAAAUUCCAACAUGUGUAUUGACAUGAAUAGUCUUUCAGAGUCUGAUGCCUCCCUAAGCACAGGUCCAGGUACAUUUGGUUAUUCACCAGAAAAGGCUGAUAAUUCAAAGAAAUCCACAACAAACUCAGCAGACCUUACUUUCACUAGUGCUCUGAAAGCUGCCACCAAUAAAUCAGAAAAUGAGCAGCUGAAAUUAAGCUCAGAAUUAGAGUCUUCCAGUAGACUUCUUCUACACCAGGACUCAACUGUGCUAAUUGAAACCACAAAGUCCUCCACACCAAUGGCUUCCACAAAAAAUAGUGCUCCAGGGACAUCUUGUGGUAAUUUUUCCUCAUCACAGGUGUCCUUAGGAACACAGAAGGUACAUUCAAAUAGCUCAAAGAAAUCUGACGGUCAAGGUAGUGCCAAAAAUACAGGUCAUAGUGAAAAGAGGAAAGAGAUAUUCAGAAAGAAUGAACUUCUUGUACAACAGGUAGCUUGCUUCAAGUGUCGCCUAUGUUCCUGUUUGAGUCAGGACAGGAGCCUGAUGGUCAAACACAUGAAAGAAAUGCACAGUCAGUAUCUCUCAGAAUCUGAAGAAUCAGAAGAGGAGGUGGAAAGACCUGUGUCAAAAAGAGUUAAAGUCUUUGUGCCAAGGAGUGAGAGCAGCCAGUCUGAGGGUUCUCCACCACCCAAUCCUCCAAGUAAAAGUAAAGAAAAGUCAAGCAGAAAGAAACAAAAAGAAUCUGUGGUAAAAGUGGAGAAUCCCAAAGCAGCAUCAAGCAAGGGAAAGAAAAAGGUGAAAGUAGAAGAAGAGAGACAACCCAAUGGGACUAUAGGGGUAUUCAUAAAAGCAGAGCCAAAGGAGGGUGACUUAAUAGUGAAGAAAGAGCGUGAAAAGGAGACAGAGGAGGAUGAAGACCUCCAAUUGACAAUAGAAUUAGAAAACAGAGGAGAGAAUAGGAGCGAUCAGGACUACGAUGAUGAUGACACCAAUGACAGUACCACAACGAAUGACAGCGGUAGUGUUAGCUCCGUGAAAACGUACCUUGGCAAAGGUGAUCAGCCAUUGUACAACAAAAAUGCAGGCAUCAAAUUGAAAAGGAGCAAUUCCAAAGUUCGUUUGCCUGACAAAAGCCAUGGUAUCAAGUGUGAUGUAAAUGGCUGUAAUGUAAGGCUGAAGAGCGAGAGCAAUAUUAUAUAUCACCGGAAGUGUCAUGUAGAGAAUUCCAUGCAGUGCCAGGAGUGCCCCACAAAGUUUGGAACAUGGAGGGACUUGGCUCUUCACCUUUGGCGACAUCACCUCAUUGACAUAGAUUUGCACAAGUGUGAUAAGUGUGACUACAAGUGUUAUAGCUAUAGCAAACUGAUGAAUGUACAUCACAAGAUACACAGUGAUGAGAGACCCUCCCUGUGUGACACAUGUGGCAAGAGGUUCAAAACUACAAAACAAUUACGUAACCACAAGGCGCUCCACCUAAAAGUGCCGCAGAUCUUGUGCGAGACCUGCCAGAGGCCAUUUACAGACAAGCGGAUGCUGCGGAACCACAUCGAGUUUGUACACAAGAAAGUGAAGCCAUUCUUGUGUAACUACUGCGGCUAUUCGACUGCUUCCAAAUCUACUCUGAAGAUGCACAUGAGGCAGCACACAGGUGAGAAACCCUUUGCCUGCGAGGAAUGUUCUUACAGGACAGCUGACCACAACUCGCUACGGAGGCACAAGAUGCAGCAUUCCGGCAUAAGGCCUUACCGCUGCCCUUACUGUGAUUAUGCCUCCAUCCAGUCCACAACGUUCAAGGUUCACCUCAAGGACAAGCACCCAGACCUUGCCCAGAGAAAUGGCAUCAUGUUUACCUGUGUGGUGUGUCCCUUCAAGACCAUAAAACGAGACAAUUAUCUGGCACACGUCGCCGAACACAGUAAAAAUGACAACAAGAAGUUACGGCAGAGUGUAAGCUCAACCACUACCAGUACUACAACUACAACCACCGCGACCACCACUACCACUGCAGCCAAAAAUACAUCGCCAGAGACUAUUGUAAGUGAUAUGAAUCCUCCUCCACCACAUGUAGUCAAUAUUGAUGUGAACAGCGGAACCGUAACUGUUGAGACUCCACAAGAAACAGAUUUUCUAACCAAUGUCAAUGUGUCGGGCGGACUCCAGUUACCCAUACCAGGCCAGGUGAUCAUGGCUGGAGAUCAGUAUUUUUAUGCAGCUCUGGAUUCUGCAGUUUUAUCUCAGAUAUGUGAAUACUACAAUCAAGAAUAAGUGAUGAGGGGAUAGGUGGCAGUAGGUGGAAGGCCAUUUUCAUUUCUCCAUUAUCUUGCCAAAACUGACUGGUAGGACAGUAACUGAUGGUGAUGAACGCUCAUGAGGUGAGUUUAUGUUGUUUGAAGUUGUUUGUGAUGCAGCACAUUGAUUAAAGGAGGUUAUUUGGAUGUGCUAAAUGUGGCUGGUAAGGAUUAUGAUGUGCAGAAUGUGAAGAAAAAAAAUAAUGGAUAGGGCCUGGAAAGUAUUGGGAUUAAGUAUUUGUGUAAUGGGCUGCCAGGAACCUGUGAUAUUUGCUAUAGUUUUGUUUUGUGAAAUGUGUACAGAUAUAUGGCUCCACAAGUGCUCAGCCUGCAAGGAAUCAAUUAAUUGACCUAGAGACCUCACCUCAUAUUCCCUUUCCUUGAAUUUUGGGAUUUUUUAAGUUUUAUUAUAAUGCCAUUUCUGAAGAUAUUAUUAUUGACAUAAUUAUUAUUAUAAUGUUAUUACCAAUACUAACAGUAAUUUAAAGUGAAAAAUGAUAUUUCAGAAAAUCAAGGAAAAGGGUAAACAGGUCAUAUGGAUAGUACCAGUAGUUGA